CGUGCGUACUUAACAUGGAGUGCAACAUUUGAUCAUCGGGUCCAAAUGAACAUCACACACCAGACUGCUGCUUCCACACUCCAGUAACUGUGCACUGCCACAGACUUCCCUGAUCUUUCAUUGUGCUUUCUCUGUGAAACAUGAAGAUGUCUCCGCCAGACAGAAGGAAAUUCGUGCGGGAUGUGGCGGUGGAGAUCGGCAUCAGAGUGCUGCUCUUUGGAGUUUUUGUAUUCACAGAGUUCCUGGAGCCCUUCGAGAGAGUGAUCCAACCUGAGGAAAUAUGGCUCUACAAAAACCCCCUAGUGGAAUCUGACCACAUUCCGAAAAGAGUCAUGUUUGCAAUUUCAUUCCUUACCCCGCUGGCUGUGAUUUUUGUGGUGAAAAUUAUACAGAGGACGGACAAAACAGAAAUUAAAGAAGCUUGUUUAGCUGUAUCUCUUGCACUGGCUUUGAAUGGAGUCUUCACAAAUACUCUCAAGUUGAUAGUUGGCAGGCCAAGGCCGGACUACUUCCAACGCUGUUUCCCUGAUGGUCAGAUGAACCCCAAGAUGAUGUGCACUGGAGAGCCAGACUUGGUGUCUGAGGGUCGCAAAAGUUUUCCCAGCAGCCACUCCUCCUUUGCUUUCUCUGGCCUGGGUUUUACCUCAUUCUACUUGGCGGGCAAGUUGCAGUGCUUCACGGAUGCUGGGCGCGGGCGCAGUUGGCGACUUUGUGCCAUGGUCCUGCCCCUCUACAGCGCCAUGAUGAUUGCCUUGUCUCGCACCUGCGACUACAAGCAUCACUGGCAAGAUGCUUUUGUUGGUGGAGUGAUUGGUCUUUUCUUCGCCUACAUCUGUUAUCGGCAGCACUACCCACCGGUUCUUUACACAGACUGCCACCUUCCAUACGCCAGCCUGGAUGCAGCAGCUGUCCACAACAUGCCAACCUCCCAGGAUCAAGCUCACCUCACUGACAAUGCCACCAGCCUGCCACUGGAGGGCAUGACGGAAGGACCAGUAUGACUAAUAGAGACCCCCAGAGACUCACCCCCUCCCAACCCCCACAACAACUGGCAUAAAGCCGACACUUGACGGACACUUGAACAUUCCAGUGGAUUCAACCUUUUGGUUUUUUUAAACGUUCAUUAUGCUUUUCUGGUCCCAAAUAUGUUAUGUUGUCAGUAUUAAGUGAGAACCUGGGGCAAUACUGUAUGCAUAAAAUAUUUUGGUAAAUGAAUCUCUAUUUAUCAAAAACGUACCUGGAAGUAACAUGGUACCACUGUAUAACAUCUAAUAACACACUGAUACCACCACAGUACUUUUUUAGAGGCAAGCUAUGAUUCACACACAAUUUGGAUAAAUGAAAAAAAAAUUCUAAUUCAUAACGGUUCUAAUCUUCAAAUGGCAAAUCAGACUCUACAAUUCAUUAUGUGCACUGGUUUACAUUAAUCGUUUGCCUGAAAGCAAGACCUCACAUGUUAACAGUUUGCUGUGUUCGUCUGACACAGCUAAAUUCCAAUGGCAGAGAGGACUACACUAAAAACAAACUUAUAUUAUUUACCAACCUAGGCCUAGGGCACAAUUAUACAAAGUUCUUACCACAAACCUAUGUUAAAUAAAAAAUCUUUGAAGUGUUCACUUAUCUAAAUAAGGCAUCCUCUCCAAAAUAACAUCUCAAACCACUAAACAAGUUUAAUUCUUAUUGUGCAACUGAUCUGAUGGAAUGGAUCACGCUUGAAGAUAAAUGCACAUCAGUGACUAUAAAUGGUAUGUUGCCAACACUCAACACAACAACAAAAAAAUGACUUGUUGGUAACAUAAAUUAAUUUAUUUCAGUCAUAAAUUUUUUUACUUUAUUGACCAUUAGGGCCAAUUCCUUAGGGCGACGAAUUAAGACCUCAAUUUUAACCCGAGCGUUUGUUAUAUAAGAGGGAAUCGUAUUCAAGCGAACACCAUGUAAGUGUCAGAACUGAAAACGCCCUUGUUACUGAAAUUACAACUGUAAUAGACACCAGACCCAGCGAACACCAGGUCCUCAAACACCGCCACCACAGAAGAAUAUCAACAACACUUCUCUAGCCUGUCCACUGGUUUGUGCAUGACAGUACUGAAGUUACACAAGUUGUGUGGAACCAGAUAGAGCUGGCAAGCAAUAAACAUUCUGUUAAAGAUCACAAAAUAUUGUGGAGUCAAUGCCUGGUCACUGCACAACCUUCCUUUGGAUUCCGACAUUAGUAAUGCAUGGUUGAAGUUUAUUUUUUAAAGAGGUUCCAGCUCACAUUGCUAAAACAUUAACGUGGAUUCCUUUGUGAACAAGGCAGAGGUCGACGAUGGAUUUGCUGCGAGACUUAAAUUUUAAAGCAGUGCUGUGCCGUCAAUAUUGGAUCCGGUAGGAAUGGUGCAGCAAUCUUAUGUGAGUAAAACAUUUUUGUACUAGCGUUACUAUUGCUUUGUUAGAGAUUUCUUGAUUUGUCCUGAGGACUAUUCAGUCGAGAUUAGUAUAACCUCGGGAUUUCUAGUCAUUCGUAAUACUUGCAGAGGUUGUCUGUGAACUUAAUCCCGUGCGAAUCGUUAAACACCAUAUAACUAUGGGCUAUACAAACUAUACGCAAAGCCUUGCCAGCACAUCCGGAAAAUAAGUCAAUAAAUUUGAGUAAAAUCACAGGCAUCAUUUAUACCGUACGAAUGCAUCACAUGAAAUACAGAUGUGGGGAGGUCAUUUAUAAAUCACACAAGGUCCCCAGGUAAUUCUUAGCCUGUGUGAAUAGGGCGAAUGUCUAACCUAGAUUACAUCUCUAACCAAAUUCUCAGAAGGCUCCAACUAAGUUUAUCACGCAAACUGCCAUCCAAUCAAAGUAGUGUGAGUUUACUUCCAAGUCUUAAUGGCAGAACGCCCAUUCAAACUGAUCGUUUGUCAAGCCGGCCUCAAAACCCGGGUAGAAAGUAGGCCUAUUACUUAUUGAUCUUUUUUAAUGUUAAAACCACACAAACGUGAUAAGUAGACCUCAUACAAGAGUAUUAAACAAUAAACAAGGUUCUGCAAAGAACCAUUCAGUCAAAUGUGCUAUAAAGAGCCUUUAAUUUCUUACCUUUUUAUAAUAUGAAGAACCUUCUUUUCACCACAAAGAACCUUUGGUGAAACGUAUUUUUUGUGGUUAUGGAACCAUUUAGAAAAGUUUUACCAUCUUGUAGCACCCUUAUUUUUAAGAGUUGUAGGUACUUACAGGUUUUGAUGUGUCUAAAAAGUCAUAUUUUAAAGUCUCUCUAAAAAAUACUUUAAUGCUUAGCCUCUUGUAGAUUAUUGCUUUAAUAGCCUAUAUGAGUCUAAAUCCACUGAGGGUUAAUUAAGGAUCAACAUUCAACAAUUUUUUUUUCUGUUAUUUUCAACAUGAUCUGAAUUUUAUACAUUUAAAUACAGAAGGUUUUUUAUAAGAGAUAACAAAACAACUUUCUGAAUUCAAAACCCUUUCAUGGUAAAACUAAACAAAAUAUGUUUAACAGUUGAAUGUAAUAUUUUUCACAAGCCAAAUGUAAACUCAAUAUAAGUCUCUGAGGGGCAUGUCAUUUAUUCCCCCCAAAAAUAUUCUGUAAAAUAAAAAUAAUGAACGAUACAAAACAAACAAUACAGUCCGAUUGUCUGUUAGAAUAAUAGAAUUAAAAACAUUGAUGUAACACUCAUGAGCAACUUCAAUUCAUUGAAUACUUGCCUGCUGAUAAAUAAAUAAAAUGUUUUCAAACCCAAAUCAAAAAGAAAACUGUAGUAUUUAUCAGAAG